UAUCGUGUUCAGCCCUUCAAUGUGUCAAGUCAAAUUGUUGUCCUGAGCUUUUUCUAGAUUGUUCGUAUAAUUAUUACUGCAGGCUCACGUAUCAUUUCGUUUUUGCCUCGAGAUAUUAAUAUCAAUAGAAAAAAAAAUGCGACUUCUUCGUAAGAUUAAGUACAUCAUUGCAGCUGGGGCAGCCGGUGGCGUUUUGGCGAGUUAUCUGGCUGUGAGUGCAGCAGAGGUCGCCCUAGAAGAGAAAUAUAGAGAAGACCCAGCAUUGUUUGGCCACCAAAAUUCCAGAUCGAAAUGGGAUUUCAACUGGGACAGGCAAGAACCACACACUUUGGUAAAACCUUCCAAAUCUGGAUCAGUUGAUAGUGAAAAAGUAGAGAAGGUAAAACCAACAGCAACAAGAAAUCUUAUCUUGAUUCGUCAUGGCCAGUAUAACCUAAAGGGUACAAAAGAUGAAGAACGCUACCUCACUGCUUUGGGUAUUGAGCAGGCAGAUUAUACUGGAAAACGUUUAAAAGAGCUUGCAAUGCCCUACACAUCCAUAGUGCAAUCUUCCAUGUGCAGGGCCAGAGAGACAGCUAAUGUUAUUUCUGGUCAUCUACCAAAUGUCCCUCUUCACACUUGUGAUUUGCUUCAAGAAGGAGCCCCCUUCCCUCCAGAGCCACCUGUGGGGCACUGGAAGCCCGAGAUGCAUCAGUUUUAUCGAGACGGAGCACGAAUUGAAGCUGCUUUCCGAAAAUACUUUCACAGAUCCGAAGCUUCUCAGAAAGAAGACAGUUACGAAGUUUUAGUUUGUCACGCUAAUGUUAUUCGCUUCUUUGUUUGCAGAGCUUUACAGCUGCCACCUGAGGCCUGGUUGCGUAUGAGUCUCCAUAACGCGAGUAUUACCUGGAUUGCCAUCCGGCCAUCGGGACGUGUUGUUUUACGAGCUCUUGGCGAUUGUGGCCAUCUUCCACCCGCUAAACUUACCACCACGUGACGUCUACGUGGGGAUCAAUUGGUGAUGUAACAGCAAUGCUCGGAGUAGAAUUCGGUAAAACGCAAUACUUGCAAACAGCUAACUACCAUCUAUUCUUGUGACAUAAUUAGAAACUGCUUUCAUUGUGGGCUUUCCUUUUUCUUUUUCUUUCUCCAGCAAUGACCAAGCACGUGCCGUUGUUGUUUGUUCGGAAUCAAUAAAAAAUAUGCGAUCGUUCGUAUCAACUCAAAA